ACCACCUUUACACAGCAUGGGUGUACCGAGAAUCUCUUAACACCCUGGCCUGCCAAGGAAGGAAGGAAUGGAAGGAUUACUCUUCUCCUUGUUGGCCUUCUCAUUAAUCAAACCAAUUGAAUACCCAGUUGAAUGUCUAGUACAAAAAUUGUAAUAGUAACAUGAUAAUUAAAAUACACAAGAAUGGAGGGAGUAAUAUAAUGCACAGUAUAGGGAAUACCAGAAUAGGGUACCAUUUGGGGUGUGGUGAUGGUGUAAUGGGAGCGGUGUACCUUGGGUGUUUCCAGUCGACAUGCGCCUGGGCAGCAGCAGGUAAGCAGCUGAAGUCAGUGAGUUAUGUCAGUAGCAUAGUGGUUCAGGAGGGCUAAUCCUCCUGUGUCCUCAGACCUCACGCCCACUGCUCUUAAUCACCAACAGGUUGGGAGAGGCAGUAACAACACACACGACAUCAGUAACCCAGGCCUGAGAGAGGAAGAAGCACUACAGAGAAGAGGGACUACUCACAGAAACAAGUACAGUGACCAGAAGAGCAGCAGGAGGAUGUCCUGUUUGGAUGAGGUUCCUUUUAAGACCCUUCUGGGAUCUCUGGAGGGACCCAGGGAAGAGGUGGAGCUGAUUGCUGCCCCAGACAUCACUGUCCCAGACUAUCUCACCAUACUGCAGGAGACAGAGUACAUGUUCAGCUUGGAGAACUGGGUGCUCCAGGGCCUCCAGGGAGGUUACCCCAGCCAGCCCCAACCCCCCGGCCCCAGAUCCCCAUCCGAGGUGCUCCCCUCCAGCCCACCCUACUGGCAUCUCUUCAGCAGCCCCCAGGAGAGCCGCCUGGCCAGCCGACACAGCUCUGACUUCUGGGAGCCCAACCCCCGCCAGCGUUCCCACAGCCUGAACCCGGUUGACAUGCGCACCCGGGUUAAGUUCGUCAUCUCCGACUCCGAGGAGGAAGAGGAGUGCUCUUCGUCGGGAGAGGGUUCCUCGGAGUCUGGUUCAGGGUACAGGUCGGAUCAGCGUGUUCCUGGGGUGAGGAAGCCACGGCAGACCUGCACCCCUAACGUCCUGAACCUACCUGUCUCUCAGAGUGGUCUGGUGACCUACCAGCGUAGGAAGAACCUCCGCCAGUACUCGCUGUCCGUUCUGGAGACCCCCAGAGAGUGUAUCCAGGGGUCCCCCUGCCCCCCAGGAGGACCCAAGCCACCGUCCUCCUCAUCCCUACCCAGACACCCAUUGACCAGGGCCAACACAGAGAAUAUCCCCUCCAUCAGACACCACAAGCCAACACAUCCGUCCCUGAGUCCGUACUUCUGCCUGCCGGCCCUUCCCUCGGUGACCUCACGACCCCUGGGUUCCCAUGCCGCGUCAGUACUGGACUCCUCGGUGGAGCUGCUGUCCGCGCUGAGCCCCGAAGAGAGAGAGCUGCUGCAAGCCAUCACUGAAAGGGGCUAUCCCCUCCGCACCGCCAUCAUCGCCCUGCAGAAGACUGGCCAGCAGAGCCCAGAACAGAUCCUGCGCUAUCUGGUGGCCUGUGACAGACUGUGUGAGCGGGGCUACGACGAGGCUCAGGUGGAGGAGGCUCUGGAGAUGUUCCAGAACUGUGAGACUAAGGCUGAAGAGUUUCUUCACCUGCUGGCUCAGUUCAAUGAGAUGGGCUUCCAGCAGAACGCUAUCAAAGAGGUUCUGUUAGUCCACGAGAACCACCGUGAGAGGGCCCUGGAAGAGCUGAUGAUGCGUGUGGCAUGACAGGGUCAAUGUCUGCUCCCAUGAAAAAUACAUUGUAGGAGACAUACAUGCACCAACACAAACACAGUUCCUGUUUACUUGCCUGUUUACUACAAACAAUUAUGUUAGCUAAUGUAUCAUAUUAAAGGGAUAGUUCACUCAAACUAUAUUUUACUAUUUGGUUCAUUAGUCCACUGUUAAUAAAAUCCACAAAAAGUGUGUAUGUCACCAGUCAAGUCUUCAAGAUUGAGCACUUUCAGUCCAGAGCAAAAACGAUGAUGAUGAUGAGUUUUCAGUGAACUAUCCCUUUUAAUGGUAUGUCAUUUGCAAAUUGCAAUUUGCAUGUUGAAACAAUGUUGAUUGACUGGAGCACACUAAAACUAUACAUUCUAGCAAAUCAGGAAAUGAACAGUGGCCUUCUAGGAAAAGUAAAACUUAAACAAUACCAUUUACAGACAAUCGAUAUAUUACAUAGUUUUAUUACAUUUCAGGUUUUGACAAUGUUUGAUGUGAUUUGCCCAUUGUCAAUUGUCUUUGUCAAUUUCAAGUGUCACAGAAUUUGUCAUGUAGUAUUUUUAACUUAAGUUCGAUCUGUAAUACAAUGAAAUAAAAUCCAGUAGACUAUGGUUGCAUGCCAAAUGGCACCGUAUUCCCUUUGUAGUGCACUACUCUUCACCAGGGCCCAUAGGCUCUGUUGAAACGUAGUGCACUAUAUGGGGAACAGGGUGCCAUUUGGGAUGCAAACUGUGUUACUGGUAAGUCAUUCUGUAUUUGUAGGGUGUGUGUACGGGGUAAAAGAUCGAAACCUGAAAGAAGCUUGUAAAUCUUUUUCUGUAUGGCAGGUUGUCUGAAAUGACCCACUUGAAGUUGUACAUACUGUAACUUGCACUUUAAAAUGUAUUGAAUGUAUUUUGUAUUCAUUUGAUUUAUUUU